GGGUAUGUAAUUACCGCCAUUUUAAUAUUACUCGGCGUGUAAGUUCUCUUCUUUCUCUUCUUGGCAACCAUUGAGUUAGUAUAUGGUGGACGUGUACGUUGUGAAAUAUUCACUACCGGCAACUUUUGAUAAUUCCGAGAAAGGAGUUAUUGAAAUUUUAAAACGUUGUGACAUAAGUCAUGGCGGAAUAUCUAGCGUCUAUCUUCGGAACCGAGAAAGACAAAGUAAAUUGCUCUUUUUACUUCAAAAUUGGCGCCUGUCGUCACGGUGAUAGAUGCUCGCGUAUUCACAACAAGCCCACAUUCAGUCAGACGUGUUUGCUUCAAAAUCUGUAUGUAAAUCCACAAAAUUCUGCCAAGAGCGCGGAUGGCUCCCAUUUGGUUGCAAAUGUGUCAGAUGAAGAAAUGCAAGAACAUUAUGACAAUUUCUUUGAAGAUGUUUUUGUCGAAUGUGAAGACAAGUAUGGCGAGAUUGAAGAAAUGAACGUGUGUGAUAAUCUCGGUGAUCACUUAGUAGGCAAUGUUUAUAUCAAGUUUCGCAGAGAAGAAGAUGCAGAAAGAGCUGUAAAUGACUUGAACAAUCGCUGGUUUGGCGGCAGACCUGUUUAUGCUGAACUCUCACCAGUGACAGAUUUUAGAGAAGCUUGCUGUCGCCAAUAUGAAAUGGGAGAAUGCACGCGAUCUGGAUUUUGCAACUUUAUGCAUUUGAAGCCUAUCUCGCGCGAGCUGCGUCGCUAUCUGUACAGUCGUAAGAAGAGCGGCAGAGGACGAUCCAGAUCACGAUCACGAUCGCGCGGCCGAGAUCGUAAGCGCAGAUCGCGAUCGCGUGACAGACGAUCGAGAUCCAAGGAUCGCCGGAAGCGAGAUGACAAAGGUAGGGACGGUCGAUCUGGAAGAUACUAAUUGUAGAAAAUUAUAUUUAUACGAAUAUUCAUUCCGAACAUACUGAUAUCUUGAUUUAACGAAGAGACUGGACGUUAAUAACGCUGUCUUCUUAUGUGUGCUGGACAAAAUAUUUUUGUCCUAUUAAUAUGUUUAUAUAUACAUAUAUAUAUAUAUACAUGAGUAAUCUCGAUGCUAGAAUUAGUAUUCUUCAGUGCUGUGUAAUGAAUUUCUUGUUAGUUAAUUAAGCAAUCCUGAAAUGAUUAACGAAUACAGUUCCCUUUGUGUGAUAAUGACAGAAACAAAUAAAAUAUAAGCAUAGAAAUAUAUAAUAUA